AUGGCGCCCCUCACCUACUCCAAGACCUCCAAGGUCCCCAACCGUCCCUUCGAGGCCGCCCGUCUUGACUCCGAGCUUAAGCUCGUUGGCGAGUACGGUCUCCGCAACAAGCGUGAGGUCUGGCGUGUCCAGCUUACCCUCUCCAAGAUUCGUCGUGCUGCCCGUCAGCUUUUGACCCUCGACGAGAAGGACCCCAAGCGUCUGUUCGAAGGCAAUGCCCUCAUUCGCCGUCUCGUGCGCGUCGGUGUCCUCGACGAGUCCCGCAUGAAGCUCGAUUACGUCCUGGCCCUGAAGGUCGAGGAUUUCCUUGAGCGCCGCCUCCAGACUUGCGUCUACAAGCUCGGUCUCGCCAAGUCCAUCCACCACGCCCGUGUCCUCAUCCGCCAGCGUCACAUCCGUGUCGGCAAGCAGAUCGUCAACGUUCCCUCCUUCAUCGUCCGUCUCGACUCCCAGAAGCACAUCGACUUCGCUCUUACCUCGCCCUUCGGUGGUGGCCGUCCCGGCCGUGUCCGCAGAAAGAAGGCUGCUGCCGCCGAGUCCAAGGGUGACGGUGGUGACGACGAGGAGGAUGACGAGUAA